AUGAAAUAAACUUAUGCAGUAGAUGAAACAAAGGGGUUCGUUUUUAUGAGUCUUUCUGAGAAUAUUGGCCAAAUUGUUAAAGUUUCUAACAACUUUGAAUAAAUAGUAAAAAUAUGUAAUAAUAAACAAGCCAUUGGUAAAAAUAUUAAUUUUCUCUAACCUUGUGUAAUAGCUAAAUGUCAUGAUUAAAUUUUGUAAAGUUUUCUAAAUAAAAGAAAUAAAAUCAACAAAACUGCCCAUCUUUAUCCUGUUAUCGGAAUCGAUAAGGAUUACUGGGCUAUACCAUAUGAUAUAAAACUUCAACCUUGCUAAUUAGAAAACUACAAUUUUGGUAUUUGCGCAUAAAUUAGUUAGAUAAAUGAUAACAAAAUGUACAUUUUAGUUGAUAAGAAAUAAAAUUUUUAAAUAUCUACUGUUUCAUACUAAUUUUAUAAAUAAAUCUUAGCUGAAUCAAUAUCAAAAUAAAAUAUUUCUUAGAUAAGCCUCAGUUCUCUCAUUCCUUGUUUCACUGCUAUAUUUCAUGUAUACCAAUAAAAUAUUAAAAAAUAAACUGAUGAUAAAUCAGUUGACAGAGAAUUCACAACAAUAUUGUUUAAACCAAACAGCUAUGAAUAAUUAAUUAAACUUUAAAGUCUGGUUUUUGAUUAUAAAAAAGCUUAUUAAUUGUUAGAUUAUUAAAUAUUUGGGGUUAAAGGAGAUAUUUAUCAUAUCUAGAAUGAGCAUAUUGAAAUAGUUUAAAUUAAAAUAAAUGAAGUAGUUUAGAUAUUUGAUGAUAAUUUAAAAAUUGAACAAUUGAAUUAACUAUAAAAUUGGAUGGAAUUAAACAAGCCUGAAGUAGAAUCAACUCCACAUUCUUUUAAUUAAAUGGCAAAUGAGUUAUUUAAUUAGCUUUCUGAAAAUUAUAAUAAUUAGGGCUUUGUAGAAUGCAGUCAAAUUUCUUAAGAAGGGGUGAAAGAAACAGUGAAUCUUAAAAAGAUUGAAUUCUAAAACUCUUUUGAAACCGGAGUUCUUCUAUCUCCUUAAUUAAGAUAAAAGAUUUCUUUAAGUGAAGAAAGAAUAUUUAAUGAGUAAUAUUUGUAAGAAAAUACAAGAUUGCUAUAGGCUAAUUCUAAUGCACAUAAAAAUGUUAGCAUAACUUAAAAUAAUAUUUAACUCAAUCCUUUAAAUACUGGAGAAAAAGAUUUCUAAUUCUACCUGAACAAUUAAGAAAUAUAUUCUAUAAGAAAUAAUGAAUUUUAUUAAAUAAAAAAUAGUGAAUUAAGAUUUUCUACAGCAUAAAGAGCAGCAUUUCAAUCUGAAUACAACAUUUUAGAUACUCUUAGAAAUAAAUAGGGUGGAUUGAAUUAUUUUAUUGAUAAUUAAUAAGUAAAAGCAAACAAUUAGUAGAAUUGCUAAAAAUUAUUCAGUAGUGACAUUAAAGAAAGCUAAUUAUUUUCAUCUAAUGAAUAAUAAUUAGAAUUAAAAUUAGAAACAAGUAUGCAUUCUUCUAAAUAAAGCUCAGUUUUAAGGAAACAUAUUAUCAAAAAAAUGAAUUAAAAUGAAAAAUUCAAUGGUAUAUUCAUAGUCAGACUAUUUGGAAUCAUAGGAUUAUUAUGCUUUUUAAUUGUGAGCUCUGUACUUUUUUAUAGCUUAAAUAAAUAAUUGUAAAACUAAAAAAACGAUUAUCAAAAUGUUAGUUGGGGUUCUUAAAUAAAAAGCCCAAUGGGAGAAGUACUUUCAGAUAGGCUAUUUGCAGUUCUUAUCUAGACUCCUCCAUUUAAUUUUUCUGGAUAAGAACAAAUUUAAUUAUUCAAAAGAAUUUAACAAUAAUAAAUAAAAAACUAUAACACUAUUAAAAACUUAAUGAUCAGAUUUAUUUAAUCUGAUAAGAGCAAAACAGAUCUUUAUAACUUCGUACUUGAUAAUUAGUUUAAUUAUGUAUUUGUCAGUUCAAGUGCAACUACUUCAAAGACAAUUCUAAAUUUUGGUUACUCUUUGUUAAUAAAUUUUGUUCAAUUGUUCUUUGUGAGCUAUAAUUAAGAUCCUCAAACAUUAAACCAAAACCAAAUUACUUUAAAUUACAUUUCUAAUUAUAACUUAUUGUCUAACAUCACUAAAGAAGUUUCUAAUAAAGUAAACUAAACUUUUGAUUAAAACGAAGAAACAGUUCUUACAUUUUUAAUAGCAAUUGCAGUAACUACUUUUAUAUUCGCCCUCACUUUUCCUAUUAUAAACUAUUACUUCCUGCAAAAGAUCUAGAUUAUAUUAAAAUUAUUUGCUACUCUUACACCAAAAAACUUAAUUUUUAUGAUUAAAGAAAUUACAAAUUGCUUACAUCUAAUAGAAUCAAAUUCAGAGAAAGUCAAUAGAAAAUUUAUAGAUGAUUUAAUGAUAGUUAGUGAUUAUGUAAUAAAUUUACAGAUUUUAAGGUCUCCAUUUAUCUUAUUAAAAUUAUAGCGAUCUACAACUUAAGAUUAUACCAAUCUACUCUUAAAUAAUGCAUAUUAAAACCAAAAAUACCUUACAAUUUUGAAUGACUUGGUUAACUAAUUAUAUGAUUAGGAUAUAUAAUCUGAUUUUAAAGAAUAUUCAAUUCAAGUUUUCUAAUAAAAUGCUUGCUAGGCAGUUAGUGAAAACUAAAAUCUUAUAAGUGAUAAUCUAUUUUAAAUAGAAGAGUGCAAAUCAAUAGCAAAUGGUGAUUUAAUGAAUAUUUAUGAGUUCUGCAUCACUACUAGUACAUUAAGAAUUCCUUUGAUUAUUUAUAAGUUACAAGACAAUUUAUCCUAAACCUAUAUAGAUCUGAUUAAUUAGAAACUAUAAAUGGCAGACGGAAUCUUAAAAACAAUAUAUAAUUUAGUAAAUAAAGUAUAUAACGAUAAAAGAUAUGAAUAAUAAUCUUUUAAAAAUUUUGUGAUGUAGGCCUUACAAGACGAUUCUUGUUUAGUAAUUUAAUAAAAUCUAAAUUUUUUGGAUAAUCCAUAAUUUUCGUUGGAAUUAUGCAAUUCAAUUGCAAAUGGAGUUUUUUAAUAAGGAUUUAUUUAAGUAGUAAAAUUACAUACAGACUUGUACUCAUAACGAUCUCCUGAAAUUUUAAAAUCUGACAUGUAAAACUUUUUUGAAAUGAUAAUACGACAAGAAUAGGAUUUGAGUGAAACUGACCAUUUUUAUUUAAGAAUAUACCUUGAAUAUGUUAUUGAAUUUAUUGAAUCAAAAAUUGCUCAAAUUACAUACGACCAUUAUGAAUAUAUGAUUAAAAUGAACUAGAUAAUAUUCGCUGUACCAGUAGUAGCAUUUCUAUUUUUAAUAUACAUUUCCUUUUUCAAGUUUUUCGAAUAUUCAAUUGGUUAGAUCAGAUAGUCAAAGCUUCUACUAAAUUUACUAGAUAUUAAGGCUAUAGAAGAUAAUUAAUAUAUUUUAACUUACUUAUAAAUUCAAAGAUGA